GGAUGAAAGACCUACGGCAGCGUUCUGUUUUACAUCUGGGAUGUCUCAGCCUCCCACUGAAGGAGCUGUCCAUGGUCUCCACAGUGGAAUGCAAGUGGGUGGAAAGGGUUUUCCAAGAUGGAGCUAAUCUUCCCCAGCAUCCUCCUUUCACACUUCUCCUUUAACUGAAUCCAGUGGGCGGCCCAGAACCGAGCUGCCAAGGUUACGUUACAAAGUACUGAGGUGAACUGUCACGGCUGCAGGCAGCAAUGUUGCCUAUACUGUAGAAUCUCUUAGUCUAGAGCAGUGGUUCCUAACCUGGGGGUCCCGACCCCCACAAGGGGGCGCCAAAGCCUCUCAGUGGGUCGCCAGGACCUCUCCACUUUAAGGGGUUAAAACUUAAUUUAUUACUUGUUUAUAGCCUACAUUUUGCUCACACUUUUUUCAUGAGUGAAAAGUUUACUGAUAUUAAGACAGGAAAUAAUUAGUACAGAAAAAGUAACACACUUUUAAGAGCAUGUUGCUCAGCUCACUGUUUUAUUUUCAAGUGUCAAAAGUUCAUUAAAGAUAGGACUGGUUGAUUAAUCACAGCGUUUACAGUAAAUAAUCUAGUAUAAACAGUAAUAUACACAUUUAAGUACAUUUUGCUCAGUGUAUUUUUUAUGAGUCAAACGUUUAUUGAAAGGAAUGAUUGUUUUAUCGGUGUUUACAAGAAACAAUGUGUUCAGAAAAGUAAUACAAACUGUCAAGCACAUUAUGCUCUGUUUGGUUUUGUUAAUGACUUUGUUCUGUACUGGAGCCUACUAUUACUGUUAUCUAUCGAAUCAAAGCAUAUUAAAAUGUGCUUGAACAAUUUUAUCGUUUCUUAAUACUGUUUGUACUGGAAGAGAGAAUGGGAGGGGGUCGUCAAAAAUUUUACUGGUAAAAAACGGGUCCCUUGGGAAAAAGGUUGGGAACCACUGGUCUAGAGUAUUGUUAAAUUUAAAAAACAGCGCUUCUUUCCAACUAAUAUUAACUGUUUUAUUUUUAUUUUUUCAGAAGAAUGGACCUUCCCCUCUUCAUGAGGAUGCUGCUUUAUGCAGUAACCCUCAAUGUUUUUGGUGCUUUUGGAAUCAGUGAGCUGAACAACGGACACAGAUGGACUUGCCAGAACCUGCCAGGUCUGCUAGUGACCGAAACAGCUGCUCUAAAUGAAAGUUUGUUCAGAGGGACGGAGAAGAACGGGGUAGAAGGAGAAACAAGGGUAUUUUGUGGCAUUGAGUGUCAAAGUGCUCUACCACCAACUAACCAGGUGGAGCAAGAGAGGAUUCUGGGAUAUGAGACGUUGUAUGAAAAUGGCUCACGUACGCACACAGACAUCAGUUUGCAGUGUUUGGACAAGACACCAGCAGGAACUCCUGCAAGCGCAACAGUUUCAGUCCGCAGGAAACGGCAAGUUUAUGGUGCAGAUGGGCGAUUUGUGAUCUCAGAUUCCAACUUCAUCACCAACUACCCGUUUUCUACUGCGGUCCGUCUCUCCACAGGUUGUUCUGGAGUUCUGGUUUCUCCAAAACAUGUGUUAACAGCAGCACAUUGUAUCCACGAUGGCAGGGACUAUUUAGAAAGUGCAAGACAUCUUAAAGUAGGCUUGUUGCAGCUGAAAACAAGAAGAAGGAGGAUGGGAAGGAAGCGAAGAUGGAGACAAAGAGAUGGUUUGAAACAAAACGACAAACAAGACAAGAGGGAAAAUGAGGAGGGAGGUGAGAAGAAUAAUCUAGGAGUGAAAGAAAGAAGAGGGGGUGAAAAGAGAAGAGACAGACUGAGGAGAGGAGGAAAACAAGAUGGAAAAAAGGAGUUUGAGAGAGGAGUGGGUGGAAAGAACAGUCUCAGUCGUAUUCGCCGCAGCAAUGGACCAGGAAAGCAGUCUGUCUUCCGUUGGUCUCGAGUUAAAAAAACCCAAAUUCCUCAAGGAUGGAUCCACACCAACAAUGUGACAGACGCUGUGUCCAUCGACUACAAUUACGCUCUCCUGGAGCUGAAACGACCAGUCAAGCAAAAGUUCAUGGAGCUCGGCGUGGCGCCCAAGUCACCUCUGGCACGGAUCCAUUUCUCAGGCUACGACACAGACAAAAGCCUUCCUGAUGGACAUGCAGAGAAGAAGGUUAUUUAUCGUUUCUGCUCGGUUGUGAAGGAGUCUGGUGAUUUGAUGUACCAGCACUGUGAUGCACGGCGUGGGGCGACGGGGGCAGGUGUUUAUAUCCGCCUCAGAAGGGAUAAGGAACACGAGAGCGGGAAAGGAAAGUGGAAGAGGAGGGUGAUUGGGGUGUUUACAGGUCAUCAGUGGGUGGAGGCCGAGGGGGGCGAGCAGAGGGACUUUAAUGUUGCGGUACGGAUCACACCUUCUAAAUAUGCCCAGAUUUGCCACUGGAUUCACGGAGACCCAAGACUUUGUAAAGAGGUUUGAUCUCAAAAAGCAGCAAGACAAAGAUCUGUCCUUACCCUCAGAGAAAAACUAAAAAAAAAUCCGAAAUCAUGCAUUAAAAAAUUUGAAAGAAAAUAAAACAAACAGAAUUAAAAGUUUAUUUUAGGCGGAGAACUAAAAACUCCACAGUCCACCUGUUUUUACUUGUAUAACUCAAACGGUUAAACCCUUUCAAAUGUUUUCUAUGGUGACUUUGACAAAGAUGUAAAUUCUAUAACAUUCUCUCUAAUUUACAAGACUCAGGCAACAAUGACGUAAAGCAACAUUUUAAGAUUUUUUUCAUGUGUCAUAAAACUUUUGUGCUGUAAUAAAAUCAAAUUAAAUCUU